AUGCCUCAUGAGCAAUUGACCGCGCUCUUAGCCUCAUUGAUACCUCUUAUACCUCUAUUCCACUGGCGCGUAGAUCCCUUGCACAUCGCCUGGGGUAGCACGACCGCUAACACCGAGACAUACGCCCCGAAGUACCUUCAAUCGGCCGCUCUUAACCAAGAAGCUCUUGAUGGACUAUUUGGACAUGCACGAAGCGUCAGAUGCGCUCUUGGUCUACGUUGGUUACAAGAGGCCGUCACCUUGCCCUCGGACACGCCUCUUCCCGGUCUGGAAGCUCUCGAAGCGAUCCGCACCCACUUCGUUGACAAUGUUGCAGCGCCUUCCCUCGUCGUCUGGGCGAUUGGCUUCGCGACUCUGGCACUGCUUUUGUUGUGGGACGUCGCUAGUACUUCCGCACUGGACUGGGGGCCGAACUCUAACGCGUCUAGGAGGUCAGGCGAUCCGGUCACAAACCCUAGGUUCGUGACGCCUUCUGAUGGGUGUCUCGAAACGAGCCUCUCCUACCACCCUCCAGAACGAUGGCAUGCAGCAUCCGUGUCAGACAAAUCUGGCGAAACGCCGACAUUGUCUUCCCCCACUCCGUCUGGCGAUCUUGUCAACUUUGGAGCAACGGCUGGUUCUGCUUCCUCACAGCCAGUCCCUCCUACCUUGCUCUCCAGCUAUACCCCGCUAUCUCUCCCCUCAGGGCUUACAUCUACGGUCGUUCCAUCUCUCGUCUCGCCAGAAGCAGCUCAAAGCACCCACCUCGCAGGACACGACGUGCCACCAAACAGCACUCAAGCGGCGGGCACAAAAGUUGAUAGAGACGUCCCUCAGUACCACGCCCGGAUGCUAAGCAGUAUCACGGAGAUCAGUGAGCCGGGAGAAUCCGAUCGGUCCGUCUCGGGGACCCCUCGCGUCCAAUGGUUCUCGAGUAUCCAUGGACGGUUCGCAAGUUUGGACACUCACGACCUAACCCUCCAGAUGCAGGCUCGCUCCGAAGGCACCACUCCGUCGUCCAGCCCUGAUGUUCACGUUGCGUUCGGCUCCGGUUGGUCGCUGAUAGGUGCUCCCUCCGAGGUCCAUGAACCCCUCCAACUCAAUGCAUCUCCUGAUAUGCAUGAGGACAUCGGCCCUGAAGGCGGCCUGACCUGCGUCUCCGAUCACUCUUUGGGCGUUGGGAUCCCCGCGCUUCCUGUGCCUCCUGCUUUCGGUGGCAUAGCUCCGUUGGGCCUGGAUCGCGAGCCCGCAUCCGAGGCGGAUACCCAAUGGCAUUUGGACGUCAGCCCCGGACCCCGACCUUCCGACGACGGCGUCGCCGUGCCAGCAUUAGCUACAUCUUGCACGAAUGCGGACACAUACCAUGAGAGUCUGAUGGAGCCCACGUGGAACACGCCUCCAGCGUCGUCAUCGGAUUUGCUGCCCUUGGAUACUGAAGAGACAUUAGUUGUGGCGCCUAUCUGUGCGGCCCUUGGUGCUACUCCUGCCAGGAUGACUUCUCCGGGCCCGGCUCUUGCCAAUAUAGCUACGUCCGAUGCAUGCGAGGUGGUUCGUGCCGGGGCCUCCCUGCCGGUUCCAUCUGCGUAUCCUAUACGGAGCUCGUCGUCAACCGUGGUACCCGUGAGCGCCAGUCCUGAGCCAUCCGUGCUUCUGUCUGCGCCAACUCAGCCUCCUGUGGUAGCUACUUCCCCGAGACCUAUGGUGACGCAUAUUCGUCGCACCAGCAGGAUAUUGGUGGCUCGCACUGGCAUCGCCGGUCAGCAAGUCGCGCUUACCGACGCAGGUCUGGCUUGUGCCGUAGGACUCCUAGACAAGCCACUGCCGCUUGACGAAGAUGUUCGAGGGGAGCGUAGGCGGAUGGAACGGGUCACGGAUACACUUCUGGAAAGUCACUCUGCGGAUAGGUGA